AUGCAAAUGUCCAAUGCACAAUCAGGUUUUGGUGGGUUUACUUCUACUACUAAUAAUAAUAAUACUUCCAAUAGCAUGUUUGGUGGUAAUAAUAACGCAUCUAAUCCUAUGUUUGGAAAUGCCAAUACAAACAACAAUACGAAUAACACAUCUAUGUUUGGAAGUGCAAAUAAUAAUAAUAAUAAUAAUAAUACGUCCACUGGUAUGUUUGGAAAUAAUAACAAUAGUAAUGGAAUGUCCAAUUCUUUUGGAAUGAAUAAUAAUAACAAUAACAACAAUAACACUUCAAGUUUAUUUGGCAUGAAUAACAACAACAACAACAAUAAUAAUAAUAAUAAUUCUAAUCCAUUUGGUAUGAAUAACAAUAACAACACUACAACUUCGUUUGGUAUGAAUAACAAUUCAAAUAAUACAAGUGGUGGUUUAUUCGGUAUGAACAACAAUAACAACAAUAACAACAACACAAUGGGUAAUAGCAUGUUUAAUAAAUCAUCGUUUGGUAAUACAACAAAUUCAUUUGGUAGUAAUACAUUCGGUAAUAAUACAAUGAACAAUAAUAAUAACAAUAAUACAAAUGCAUUUGGUAUGAACAACAACAAUAAUACUGCAAACUCGUUUGGAAUGAAUAGCAAUAAUAAUAACAACAAUGGAGGUGGAUUAUUUGGACAAAAUAAUAAUAAUAAUACAAAUACCUUUGGAAUAAACAAUACUUCUAAUAACGGUGGUAACAGUCUAUUUGGACAACAGAAUAACAAUAAUAAUAAUACUUCUAUGGGCAGUGGUUUACUUGGAUCUAAACCCGCUACUAAUUCAUUAUUUGGUCAAAACAAUAAUAAUACUGCAAAUAAUAAUAAUACUGGGAUGUUUGGUCAACAGAAUAACAACACGAAUAGUAUAUUUGGCCAGCAACAACAACAAUCUUCUGGUGGUCUGUUUGGAAAUAAACCACAGGGUAUGGGUACUGGGUUAUUUGGUCAAAAUAACAACACUAAUAUGAACAAUACAAACAAUACAUUUGGUAACAAUAAUAAUAAUAAUAAUAAUAAUAAUAAUAAUAAUAAUAAUAAUAAUAAUGGUAUGAUGCAGAAUCAAAAUAACAGUUUAUUUGGACAGAAUAAUAAUCAGCAGAAUAAUUCCUUUGGUGGAUUUGGAAAUAAACCAACCUCUGGUGGUGGAUUAUUUGGUAAUGCUAAUAACAACAACAACACCACAAACACUGGUGGAGGUUUAUUCGGUAAUGCAAAUAAUACUAAUAACAUGCAAAAUAGUGGUGGGUUAUUCAGUAACAAUAAUAACAAUUUAUCUAAGCCAAUGGGUUUAAAUUCUACCCUUGGUGGUGGAGGAUUAUUUGGUAACAAUAAUACUAAUAAUAAUAACACUUCUACCAUGAAUAAUAAUACUGGUAAUGCGCUUGGUCAAGGAUUAGGUGGUGGUCUAUUCGGUAAUAAACCUAACAAUACUUCGAAUAACAAUACAUCCCUAAGUGGUGCUAUCCCUGGUAGAUCUGCAAGUGCUGGGUUGCCUAGUCUUAAUACUCUCAAUUCCUUUGGUUUAAAUAAGCCUGCUGGUUUAAAUAACACAAGUGGUGGUUCAUUAUUUGCUAAUAAUAGUAAUAAUAAUAAUAAUAAUAAUAAUAAUAAUUCUAAUAUCAAUACUGGUGCCACGACAACUAGUUUAUUCGGUAAACCUAAUAAUACUACUGCACCAACUACUGCAAACUCCAAUACGGGAACCACUGGUGGGUUAUUCGGUUCAAAACUAGGUACUCAACCAACAACAACAACAGCAACUAUUGGUCUUAGUGGGAACACUAAUCCCCUUGGCGCAAGUAAACCAUUUGGAUUGCUCGGUAACAACAAUACUACUACAAGUACAACUACCACAACCAGUGGUUUAUCGCAACCACAAACUGGAUUAAAUUUUGGUGCAUCUUCAUCUAAUGCAAGUACUACAGGUACUACUACUGGUUCAGCUGGUAUUGGCUCUACCUGGGGUUCAAGUGGUGUAGGUGUCAAUGCAACCACUACGAUUCCUAGCUCGUUAACUAAUAAUACAUUACCUGUAUCAAGUUCAAUUACACAACCAUCUAAGCCAAGUACCACUAUAAUGAAUGCUAGUUUGAAAAUGAGUCGUAGUUUAACAACCGCGUAUAGAUCUGCACCAAAAUCCUUAUUCAACUCCAAUAGUUCCUUAUCUCUUUCUAAAUCUAACGAAAAUAGUAAUAGUUUAACAUCAAUUGAAACAAGUCCAACCGUGGAAACCAAAACAAUUACUUUAGAGAAUGAUAAUAAUAAACCAAUACUAUUCCAACCUGAUAAAGAAAACGUCAAGGCACUAUUAAUGAAGAACAAGAUAGAUGCUGAAGUGCAAGAGCAAGAACAAGAACAAGAGCAAGAACAAAAGCAAUCAUUGGAUUCUAAAUCGAUGGAACAAAAUAAUAAUAAAUCAGAAGAAUUUAUUACUUCCAACUCAAUAGAUGCAACAAUGAAUUCCAUUCAACUUGUCACAAAGGAACCUAAAUCGAUUGGCACAAUUGAUUCCAGCGAGAAUGAAAAAGAUUGUAGCAAUAUGGACGAUGUUGUUUCAUCAGUCACCUCUGCCACUGAUGAUGAACUACCUCAUGGAUUAAAUACAGAUGAUAUAUCAUUUGAAGAUGAUUAUUACAUCUCACCUUCUUUCACAACUUUGAAUUCGUUACCAUUUGUCCAACUUCGUAACGUAAAGAAUUUGAUUAUUGGUCAUAAGAAAUAUGGCCAUAUUGAAUUUUUACAAAACGUGGAUCUUUCCAACGUUCCUUUGAAAUUACUUGCCCAUGGUCAAUUGGUUGCAUUCUACCCCAAGAGUUGUUCCAUAUAUGCCAAUUCUCGUUCCAAGCCUGCCAAAGGUGAGGGAAUCAACGUCAAAUGCCGUAUCACUUUGUAUGACUGUUACCCCACAAAUAUUGCUACAGGUCAACCUGUUCUUGAUUCCAAACAUCCAUCAGUAGCUCUUCACGUAAACAAACUGAAGAAGAAGUAUAGUGAAUGUUUCGAGAGUUAUAAUCCAAUGGAUGGGAUCUUGACCUUGAUGAUUGAUCACCCCAUUCUUGAAGAUUGA